AUGCCAAUCUCGCGGCCAAUAGCUAGCAAGGAAAUAUUUUAAUGUCUUAAAAAUGUAUAUCAGAAUCGAGAUGUAGAAGUAAAUUCAUUAAUUUAAUAAGGAUUUCAAUCAUAAUCAAGGGUAUAUGAAAGAUAAGGAUAUGAAUGAAAAUAAGAUUUACAUUUGUUUAAACUUAAUCAAACGAUAUUGA